UCACUCACGGUCAAAUGUCAAAAUGUAAUGUCGCUUUCACGUAUAGCGCAUUUAAAAUUUGUUUAGCAACAAUUAUUUAAUAAUAGUUUUAUAAUAACGGCUUAAAUAUUUAUAUGUGAAUGUUAAUUAAAAAUCAUGGAAGGAACUUUAUGGAAAUGGACAAAUUACUGGAACGGUUGGCAAACCAGAUGGUUUGUCUUGGAAAAUGGUGUACUAACUUAUUAUAAAUCUCAAGAGGAAGUUAAUCAAGGAUGCAAAGGAUCAAUUAAAGUACAAGCUUGUGAAAUAAAUGUGAAUUAUAUUGAUAUUACAAGGAUGGAUUUAGUAAUUCCUGGCGAACAACAUAUGUAUUUAAGGGCCCCAACAUCUCAAGAGCGACAAAAAUGGCUUGUUGCAUUAGGUACUGCUAAAGCUUGUGUUCAAACUAAAAAUAGAAAAGAUUCAGGUAAAAAUAUUGUGUGUGGUUGGAAAAAAUUACAGUUUACAUCAAUAACAAAAUUUUGUUGAUAUAAAUUUAACUUAACUUUAAUAAAACAUCUUUUUGGUGAUUCAUAUCAAAGUUUGAAAGCAAAUAAUAGGAAAUUCAAUAACAAAGAAGGAGUGUUUUCACCCUGAUGUGAAAGUUUUAUAAUAUACAAAAUUCU